UCCCGGCCCCGGGCGAUGCUGCGCUGGGGGCUGCGGGUCCUGAGCCGCGGCCUCCCCGCCCCGCGGCCGCGCUGCCGGCGGCGCACCGUUCUCGCCAUGGCCCAGGAUCCGAGGGCAGCGGUCUCCGGCCAGACGAAGAGGCUGAACAGCGGCGCUGAGGGGGUCGAGAGGCCGGGAGAGAACGGGCAUCAGGACAAAAGGCUGAAGAGAGGCGCGGAUGAGGAGGAUGCGGAGGAUCAGGGUAAGAAGUCGCCCAAGAGGAAGAUUGUGCUGCUGAUGGCAUAUUCAGGGAAAGGCUACCACGGCAUGCAGAGAAACGUGGGAUCUUCCCAGUUCAAGACAAUUGAGGAUGACUUAGUGUCUGCCCUGGUUCAGUCGGGCUGCAUCCCAGAGAACCACGGGCAGGAUAUGAAGAAGAUGUCUUUCCAGCGCUGUGCUCGCACAGAUAAGGGUGUGUCUGCAGCUGGACAGAUUGUGUCAUUGAAGGUCAGACUGAUAGAUGACAUCUUAGAAAAGAUCAAUAAUCAUCUUCCUUCUCACAUCAGAAUUCUGGGCCUGAAGAGAGUCACUGGGGGAUUCAACUCCAAGAACAAAUGUGAUGCCAGAACCUACUCUUACAUGCUGCCAACAUUUGCCUUUGCCCACAAGGACCACGAUGUGCAAGAAGAGGUUUACAGGCUGGACAAAGAGACCCUUGACAGGGUCAAUAAACUGCUCUCGUGCUAUAAAGGGACACACAACUUCCACAACUUCACAUCCCAGAAGGGCCCCAGGGACCCCAGUGCCAAGAGGUACAUCAUGGAGAUGUCCUGUGGAGAGCCCUUUGUCAGGGAGAACAUGGAAUUUGCAGUGAUCCAGGUGAAAGGGCAGAGCUUCAUGAUGCACCAGAUCAGGAAGAUGAUCGGGCUGGUGAUAGCCAUCGUGAAGGGAUACGCUGCUGAGUCCAUCCUGGAGCGCAGCUGGGGGGAGGAGAAGGUGGAUGUCCCCAAGGCCCCGGGGCUCGGGCUGGUUUUGGAGAGAGUGCACUUUGAGAAGUACAACAGGCGCUUUGGGAACGAUGGGCUGCACGAGCCGCUGGAGUGGGCAGAGGAGGAGCAGAAGAUUGCUCUCUUCAAAGAGCAGUUCAUCUACCCCACCAUUAUCAACACGGAAAGGGAGGAGAAAUCCAUGGCAAACUGGCUCAGCACCCUCCCCAUUCACGACUUCAACUCGUCUGCUGUGGAGAUGCAAACCAACAACAAAAAUUCAAAGAACAGCAGCGAUCUCGAAGGCAGUGAUGGUUGUGGUGAUGAUUCCGACUGAGCCAGCGUGGCUGGAUGUGGAACCCUUGCUGCUUAAAGUUCUCUUUGUCUACAAAAAAGUGGCCUUUCAAAAUCCAGGAAUCCAGUAAAGCAGGAGUUUGUGUGCUUGCAGAACAAGAACUGGAUGCCCAGGAGAAACUGGGUGAGGAAGACAGUGCAGUAGGAAAAACAGAAGCCUUUUAUACCACUGACCAAUUCACCUGACUGAUAUACUUGAAAACAGUUCAAGGAGAAAGAAGCUUUCUAAAAGAAUCUUGAAAUGCAGGAUUAUCAUAAUUGCUAUUUGAAUAAUGUUUUUAUUAUGUUUACUUGGAAAAUAGUAUUUUAAAUAUGUAUAACUUCUACAUAAAGGUGGGGCAGAUCAUUUUAAUAUACUCUUUUUGUAUUACGAA